AUGCCGGGAAGGAUCCUCGUCCUCUUCCUCCUCUCCCUGGCGUCCGGCGCGAAGAAGAACGCCUGUCCGGCCAAGGACAUCCGGCCCUGCACCUGCUCGCACGGGAAGUGGAUUUUCAGACUGCAAGACAACGUGGACGUGAAGGAGCUGCCCGAAAAAGCGUUCGGCAAAGUCGCCUUCAAGGUCAUACACGUGAGGAACACCACGGUGAAGACCGUGCCUCCGUCGGCCCUGCUGUCCUCCAAGCACCGGCUGUCUCGGCUGACGGUGGAAGACAGCCCGCUCGUAAAGUUCCCGUUCCACCUCCUCCCCGAGCUGGAGCGGUUGGAGGCGCUCUCCCUCCAGGGCAAUUCCCUAGCGUCCGUCCCGGCGCUGCAGAGCCCCAGCCUAAGGAGGCUCUCGCUCGCGAGGAACGCGAUUCUCAGGCUCGACGACGACGGAUGGGCGACGCCGAACUUGCGGUCGAUCAACAUCAGUUUCAACCCCGGACUGAAGAUCCGGAGCGCGAUCACGAAGAACCUGGACAAGCUGGAGGAAUUCGACGGAUCCGGGCUGGGCCUGGGGCCGACGCUCCCGGCCGGGGCGCUGGAGUUCCGCAGCAAGGCCCUCGCGGAGGUGCGGCUCGACUUCAACGGCGUCUCCCGGCUGGAGCCGAGAGCGAUCAGAGGCCUCACGCCGGACACGAAGAUUUACCUACGGAACAACGGCAUCACCAAUCUGCCGGACGAUGCGUUCCACCCCAUGAUGCAGGUCCUCUCCCUCGGGGAGGGAUUCAUCGAUCUGCAAGGGAAUCCCAUCCAGUGCGAUUGCGGGUUGUACUGGCUCGCCUUCGCCGAGGGAUGGAUGGCGAAUGUGAGAAAUGGCAAAUGCGAAAACGGAACUGAACUCGAGAAUUUGCAUCUGGAUUCCUUGGGAAAUUGCCGGGUGUGUCCUUACAAGUGCAUUAGUGCCGAGGAGGUUCCUUUUUGCGCGCCGGGCACCCUGAUCCACUUGAAGGAGGACAACUGUCGUCCUGGGGAAUUUUGCUGCCAACCGACGAGCACCACGGCGGCUCCGGUGACGGAAGGGACUCCGGUAACGCCCAGUCCCCAGUGUCCCCUCGCGAACGGGUCCUCGUGCAUCGAUGCGGCCUACGCCGCGCUCUGCGAUACGAGGUCCAUCUCGUCCCUCGCCUGCCCCCUCGAGACUCAAAUCUGCUGUCACAUUCCGCGAGACGGCGGACAGGUUGUCGUGCAGAGUCAGUUGGGGACGCAAUCGUGUCCAUCCACUCAUGCGUGUCUUCCAGCCGAUUCGGCGCAACGCCGGUGCGAACCCGGAACUCAUAUUUGGAAUUCGUCAUGCAAUGAAAAUCAAGUGUGCUGUGUCGCUCUGACUCCAUUCAAUGCUCCAACCAAUGCUCCCACCAAUGCUCCCACCAAUGCUCCCUCCAAUGCUCCCUCCAAUGUCACCUCCAAUGCUCCCUCCAAUGCCACCUCCAAUGUCACCUCCAAUGCUCCCACCAAUGCUCCAACCAAUGUCACCUCCAAUGCUCCCUCCAAUGCCACCUCCAGUGUUCCCUCCAAUGCUCCCUCUAAGCCUCCCAUCAAGGGUUCUUCUAAGGGACCUUCUCUGCCACCUUGCGAGUACAAAUGCGUCCCCCAAUCCACCUCUCGGUCCUGCUCACCGGGAAAGACGAACGGAAUGAAACCCGACUGCAACGAAGGCGACAUAUACUGCUGCCAGGUGAACUGCGACCCCUCCAUCGGCCGCUGCAUGGCGGCCUACCUCUCCGAGGCCUGCAGGGCCCACGGCGAUCGGGACUUCACCGACCUGUUCCGGUGCGCCGGGAAGCUUCGCUGCUGCGCCUUCAAGACCUCCAUCGAGAAGAGGGAAUUUGAAGUGGCCUCCAAUAGAGUUCUUCCGACAUCGAUUCUGACGAACGAGACGUGCUGGAUCGAAGGCAGCGGCACGGCGUCCAACUCCGGCCCAGUGCAACAUUGCUGGAAUGCUGUCCUGGUGGAUUCGAGCGGUAAGAUGCUCUGCGGCGGGGCCCUCAUCGAGCGCCAGUUCGUCGUCACCACUGCCUCCUGCUUUUUCUUCCACCAGCAGUAUGAGAUCGAGCAGCUGGCGAUUAGAGUCGCCGGGAGUCCGGUCCGCAACCACAUCGUCGCGAAAUUCUUGCAUCGAAAAUUCCGCGAAGAAACGUUCGAAAACGACUUGGGGAUGAUCAUCCUCGAGAAGCCGGUGAAGGCGGAGGAGGAGGCGUGCCUGCUGUGCACUCAGGACGCGAACGGCCUCCAGGAGUUCUCGGAGUGCAGGCUCGUCAGUCGCAUCGGAGUUGGGGAGGCGGUGAAGACGGAGCCGGUGGAGUACGCGGCGGCGGUGGUGGAUCCGAGCGUGUGCCAGGAGAAGAUCCUGGAGGGGAGUAAUCUGCCGUUCAAUUCCGUGUGUGUCGCCUUCUCCGCCGUCUGGUGCGGGGAGUCCGGCGCCCCGCUCAUCUGCAAGGACGCCAGCUCCGGCUUCUACAGGCUGGCAGGCCUCUUGUCCCUCCCGAUCAUCCAGUGCCAGCCGGCGGACGUGCCCGGUGUCUUCGCGAACGCCACGUCCUUGCUCUCGACCAACUUCUACGAGACGACUUUCACGGCCAGUCUUCUCCUCUCGAAGAGCCCAACGACUGUGAAAAAAAUUCCCGAGACAACUGACGACGAAGUCGGGUGCGGACAGCUCUCGGGCAUCGAGCACGGAUUUUUCAGGAUCUCCUGUUUGGGCGGAGGGGAGAGGACCGGCAGCCAUCGCGACGGCAGAGAGCCGGACUGCAUCCGCGACGGGAAGUACGCGCUCGGAAGCACCGUGACCUACAAGUGCGACCAGUUCUACAUCCUGAGGGGAUCGAGCGUUCGGACCUGCAGGAAGGGCGAACAAUGGACGGGUCACAGUCCGUUCUGCGAGGCCGAAUGCGGCAGGAAGGUGCAGCAGGUGAAGCUGUCGGCGGGGGGGAAGCCAGCGGCGAAGGGGGAGUGGCCGUGGCAGGCGGCCCUCUACGACGGAGAGAGGAAGGAUCUCGUGUGCGGGGGAGCGCUCAUCGCGGAGCGCUGGGUGCUCACGGCCGCGCAUUGCGUCACCGUCGACGGGACCACGAGGACGCGGAGAGCGAAGGACUUCGUCGUCUACCUGGGGAAAUACUACCGGAACGACUCCCUGGACAACGAACACGUCCAGCGGAGAAUGCGCAAUUUCUUCCCCGAGGUGACUGAGAUAUUCAUGCCAGACUUCAGUCUGCUGAACUUCGAUUCGGACGUCGCUCUCCUGAAGCUGGAGGUCCCGGCGCUGCUCACCUCGCAGGUCCAGCUGGUCUGCCUUCCGGCCCGGUUCGACGACUCCAAGCUCGAGAACGGGACAAGAGGAUGGGUGGCUGGCUGGGGCCUGAACGGCUCCAAUAAGCGAGACGCCACCCUGACCCAAGUGGAGCUCCCGGUUAUAUCGAACAAAGACUGCAGUCGGGAAAUGAUCAGCGUGUCCCGAGACCACCCGGUGACUCUCAACUCGAACAUGUUCUGCGCCGGGCACGAUCAAGAUACUCCCGUCGAAGAAUACCAAACGGUGUGCCGCGGGGACUCGGGCAGCCCCAUGGUCUUCCCCUCCCACCCAUCGCUGGAGAGCCGCUGGUCGGUGGAGGGCAUCGUGAGCCACUUCUUCAGCAAGGAGGAAUGCUCGGCGAGGCAACCCGGCCAGUAUAGCGUCUUCACCCGGGUCAAUCGCCCCAUGGUCUUCCCCUCCCACCCAUCGCUGGAGAGCCGCUGGUCGGUGGAGGGCAUCGUGAGCCACUUCUUCAGCAAGGAGGAAUGCUCGGCGAGGCAACCCGGCCAGUAUAGCGUCUUCACCCGGGUCAAUCGCAUCAUGAGCAGCCCACAGGCUACUCACAUCUGA